UUCUGCCAACUAUAUGAUUCAACAAGUAGUUCUAUCACCCAAAUCCUAUCUUAUUAUAGCCAUACACAAGUUUUAAUUUCCUCUUCUUUUUCUCUCCUUCCUUUCCUUUCCUUUCUAAAUUGGAAACCUAAUAUUCUCUCAUAUAUAUCUUGUCCAAAACAGACAUAGACAAAGAUUUGCAACUCUUGUUUAUUCUUGGGUAUAUACUUGAUUUAAGUGAUGAAGCAAACAUGAGAAUGAAUCCAAGAGAGAGAGGUUUGGGAGGAAAGAAGGAAGAGGACAGCAAAUUCCCCAAAAUGAGCACCUCCUCUCCCUCUUCCUCAUCAAGGCAGUGGUCAUCAUGCUUCAAGAACCCGAGAAUCGUCCGCGUGUCGCGCAGCUUCGGAGGCAAGGACAGGCACAGCAAGGUGUGCACAGUGAAGGGAUUGAGAGACAGGAGGAUUAGGCUAUCAGUGCCUACUGCAAUUCAGCUCUAUGAUCUUCAAGAAAGGCUUGGCCUCUCCCAGCCUAGCAAGGUCAUUGAUUGGUUGCUUGAUGCUACCAAAUUAGAGAUUGAUAAACUCCCUCCUCUCCCAACAAAUUUCCUCCAAUUUCAUCAGCCAAUUGCAACAGUGCCUUUGAUGCCUAAUCAUGAUCCAUAUGCUUCUGAGUUUCUCUCUCCAAAUCUGUUCAAGACUUGUACAGAUGUUGAUCAAGGGAACAGCAGUGGAGAGGGUUUUGGUGGAUUUAAUCUCUUCCCACUAAACAGUAGUCAGUUUCCAACACCUUACAAUAACCCUAACUACUUUCCAAUUGGAGCCCCCAAAUUUGUCAUUGUCUCAGUUUGGGGGAGGCUUUGGCUUCUCCAAUCAUCAAGAGCAAUCCAACUGCAGCCUCUCGUCGUCGUCUCAAGCUUCGACUUCUCAGAUUUAUAUGUCAGCACUCAGUAGUCCUCAUUUUCAGCCCUACUUUGCCACUUGUGUGGAGAAUGAUCACUUUAGGGAGAUCGGGCAUUUGCAGCAAUAUUCUUUCAUCAAUUCCCCCAUGAGAUCUUUCAGUUUGAAUGCAUCCCUUCAUUCAAGCGAGAAUCCAAACUGCAGCCAAAGAUAAAGACAAUUAAUUAGCAUUAUAUUGUUGAUCGAGUAACGCUAAACAAAGUGAGGUGCUGAUCAUUUGCUUCUUCUCGGACUGUAUUGGUAAGUCAUUCUACUUUAUAUAGAAACUGUUUGUAGUAGUUCUAAUUCUUGGAAGAGACAUAUAUAUACACUGAGAAUUGUUAUAAUGCUCACUGUAUAUUGCUUUUUUGGAUAUCAUACACCAUGUAUUGAUUAAUUUAUACUCUAUAAUUCAAUUUCCUAUGAUUUUUGGAUUAUAUAUAGAAUGUAUAUAUAACGGUGGAUUAAUUUA